CCGAAACGCCGCCUGAGAGGAGUUCAGCUGCUGCCGCCGUGAGCCGCGGGACCCGCGUUAUUGUAACCGCUCUAACGCACCGGACAGAUUUUUCUGUCUUUAUUUUAAGACCAUCACCAGAGACGGUUUUUCUUUUUCCUUUUUCUCCCGUUUUAUUCCUUCUGUCGCGUGUCUCCUCGGCGAACUCUCCGCCUGCCUUAUCCCCCCCACGUCCCGUUCCCCGAAGAAACUCACCGAUCGUCCUACCACUGCUGCACAUACGCGUCCGGUCUGGCUUCUUUAUUAUUAUUAUAAUUUUUGUUAAAAUUAUUAAAUUUGUUUGUUCGCGAUUUGUUAAGUGUUUUUUCAAUCCGUCGUCGAUAUUAUAUAAUAAUUUGAAAAUUUUAUAAGUGCGACUCUGCGGUCACCAGGAUUAUAACAUUUGCGUGAUUUGGAUACCAAACUUGAAAAUCAUCAUGCGGGACAAGACGUCUUGAUCCACGCUGAUCCAGAAUAACAACAGCACACACACAUACACACUUCGGAAAAUCGGAGUCACACUUUAUUCUAAGUCUGUGAUAUUAUUUAAUAUUUUGAAAAAUGAACCUCUUAGCCAUAAUCGAUUUUCUCGAUCACAGAAUAGAGAUAGAAUCGCCUAUUUGUAAUCAAAUGAAAAGAUCGUUAUAAGUAGUAUUAUAAGUUGUUGACGUAAAUUCGUUAUUCCAAUUAGUUAGUGUAUUUAUAUAUUUUGUAAAAAUAAUAUUAAUAAUAAUAAUAACCAUGAAUUCCUAUAAAUAUUUUUAAAACCGUAAACAGUUUUUAAUUGUAUUUUUACAACAAAAAGUCCCUUAUAUUCUGUCCAAAAUGGGUUCCAAAGAGGCGGAAAGCGGUAACGCCAAAACCGCCAAAAUGAGCGAUCUCAAAAAAGAAAUCGACUUGGAUGAUCACCGGAUACCGUUACCGGAGCUAUAUACUCGUUAUGAGACGGAUCCAGAGAGAGGUUUGACGACCUCCCAAGCUAAAAGGUUAUUGCUUAGGGACGGACCUAAUUCUUUAACCCCACCUAAGAGGACUCCUGCGUGGAUUAUCCUGUUGAAGCACCUGUUUGAAGGAUUUUCAAUCCUAUUAUGGACAGGUGCGGCCCUGUGUUUCCUAGCAUAUGGUAUUCAAUAUUCUACAUCUGAAGAACCACAGGAAGACAACCUAUGGCUGGGUACAGUAUUAGUCCUUGUUUGUGUCAUAACAGGUGUUUUUGCUUACAGUCAAGAAGCAAAAAGUUCGAGAAUUAUGGAUUCCUUCAAGAACAUGGUACCACAAUACGCCAAUGUUGUGCGAGAUGGUGAACGGAAGAACAUACUGAGCUCAGAACUGGUAAGAGGUGACAUUGUAGAAGUAAAGUUCGGCGAUCGCGUUCCCGCCGAUGUUCGUAUUAUCGAAGCCCAUAAUUUUAAGGUGGAUAAUUCAUCUUUGACCGGAGAAACUGAACCACAACCCCGGGACUCGGCUGUAUCUAAAGUGCAAGUGUUGGAAGCUAACAAUUUGGCAUUCUUUUCCACUAACGCAGUCGAAGGAACUGCAAAAGCUCUUGUGAUACUUUGUGGUGAUAAUACUGUGAUGGGACGUAUUGCUGGACUGACUACAAGACUGGAACAAAGAGACACACCAAUCGCUAAUGAAAUUCAUCAUUUCAUGCAUUUGAUUUCUGCUUGGGCAAUUUUCUUAGGAGUGUCAUUUUUCAUAAUGGCUUUCUUACUUGGAUACCAUUGGUUGGAUGCUUUUAUUUUCUUGAUUGGAAUAAUUGUCGCUAACGUACCAGAAGGUCUUCUCGCUACCGUAACCGUGUGUCUGUCUUUGACGGCGAAACGGAUGGCAUCGAAAAACUGUGUCGUAAAACAUCUCGAAGCAGUCGAAACUCUUGGAUCUACAUCUACUAUCUGCUCUGACAAAACAGGAACGCUCACUCAAAACCGUAUGACUGUAACACAUUUAAGUUAUAACAAAGAAAUUAUUGAGGUGGAUUACUUCAAAGACCCGACAGGUGUAACGGAAGAGGCUAGGAACACCAAAGCUUAUCAGUCGCUCGUUAGAGGUGGAUGCCUUUGCAGUAGAGCUGAAUUUAUAUGUGGACAAGACAAUACACCUGUUUUAAAGAGAGAAGUUAUGGGUGAUGCAUCCGAAGCCGCAAUAAUUAAAUUUUCCGAACUUGCAGUAGGAGAUGUCAUGGCUUUCCGUGAUCAACAUAAAAAGGUUGCAGAGAUUCCGUUCAAUUCCUCCGAUAAAUUCCAAGUUUCAAUUCACGCAUUACCGUCGAAAGGACAGUUGUUAGUAAUGAAAGGGGCCCCAGAAAGAAUUUUAGCUCGUUGUACUAGAAUGCGAUAUGGUGACGGUGUUGUUGAAUUGGACGAAAAUAUCAGACAAGAAAUGGACGAAAUUAUUGAACAGCUAGGAAGUUACGGUGAACGUGUUCUCGGAUUUUGUGAUCUUUUCCUUAGCACUGACCAAUUUCCAAUUGGCUUCGAAUUUACUACGGAUCCUCCUAAUUUCCCUUUGACCGAUUUGAGGUUCUUAGGUCUUAUGUCUAUGAUUGACCCUCCCAGACCAGGUGUACCAGAUGCCGUCGCAAAAUGCCGAUCAGCUGGUAUUCGUGUCAUUAUGGUAACCGGUGAUCACCCUGUAACCGCUAAAGCUAUUGCAAAGGCUGUAGGUAUCAUUACUGAAGGUUCUGAAACUCUUGAAGAUAUUGCUAAACGACGUCGAGUACCAGUAUCAUCUUUAGAUCCACGGGAAUCCACAACAAUCGUUAUUCAAGGUUCAUUAUUAAGGGACAUGUCUACCGAAGAACUGGAACACGUUUUAAGAACAAACAGAGAAAUCGUAUUUGCCCGGACUUCCCCUACACAAAAAUUAAACAUUGUUGAAGGCUGUCAAAAUUUGGGAGCUAUCGUGGCUGUAACUGGAGACGGUGUUAACGAUUCACCGGCUUUGAAAAAAGCAGAUAUUGGUAUCGCUAUGGGCAUAACGGGUUCAGACGUAUCCAAACAAACUGCUGACAUGAUAUUAUUGGACGAUAAUUUUGCAUCUAUUGUGACUGGAGUAGAAGAAGGACGUCUUAUUUUCGACAACUUAAAAAAAUCUAUAGCGUACACUUUGGCGUCAAACGUCCCGGAGAUAACUCCGUUCUUACUAUUUAUCCUUAGUGGUAUUCCGUUGCCACUCGGGGUUGUUGCCGUACUUUGCAUUGAUUUGGGAACUGACAUGUGGCCGGCCAUAUCAUUGGCUUACGAAAGAGCGGAAUCCGACAUUAUGUUAAGACAUCCAAGGAACCCAUCGACCGAUAAAUUGGUAAACGGUAAACUUAUUUUCGUCGCCUAUGGUCAAAUCGGAGUCAUUGAAGCCGUCGCUGGAUUUUUCUCGUACUUCGUCAUUAUGGCUCAAUGUGGAUGGCUACCACGGAGAUUAAUUGGCAUCCGUAACGAAUGGGAUUCGAAGUCCGUGAACGACCUGGAAGACUCAUAUGGCCAAGAAUGGACAUUUACGCAUAGAAAAGAGCUAGAAUAUACCUGCCAUACUGCCUUCUUUAUAGCUAUUGUAGUAGUGCAAUGGGCCGAUUUGAUUAUUUGCAAGACUCGUUACAAUUCCAUUUUACACCAAGGUAUGGACAAUUGGGUAUUGAAUUUUGGAAUGGUAUUCGAAACAUUAGCUGCCUGUUUUGUGUCUUACUGUCCUGGUAUGACCGAGGUGCUCAAGACCUAUCCCGUAAAAGCCGAAUGGUGGCUUCCCGGUUUACCUUUCGCCGUAGUCAUAUUUGUUUAUGACGAAUGUCGGCGUUUUUGGCUCAGGACUCAUCCAGGUGGAUGGGUCGAACGACACACUUACUAUUAAAAUAUUUUAAAGUAUUUACAAUAAAAUUAAAUAAUAAUCACUCAUUGCGUCAAUGUCCCUGUAUAAAAAAAAAUCAAUUAAUUAAAAACAUUUUUGCGCAUAAUGAAUGCGUAAAAACCUCAUUAUUAAAAAUUAAAAAAUGUAUAGCUGUUAUUGUUAUUGAUAGUUUUAUUAGUUAUUUAUAUAUGCGAAUUUUUUGAAAAUUUAGAUUAAAGAUCGGUAAAAUUAAACGCUAAAUUAAAAAUGUCACCCCAAACUUAAAAUGAAACCAAUUUGUAAUAAUAAUUAUUAUAAUAAAAAUGAGUGUUCAUUUACCAUAGGCCUAGACUAUUAAAUAUUAUGUAAGUAAAAAAAAAAAUCGUUGACAAUGCAUAGUGUUGGAUUAGAUAUUCAUAAAUGUUUUGUUAUAUAUUAUAAUAAUAUAUAUAGUACAAGGCUGAUCAAAAGUCUUAACUGAAAAAUCAUCUUAAUUAAAAACUUUUGAUCUUCCGCGUCUCUACAUAUUGUAAUCCGGGCUGGUUUACGUGCAAUUAUGCUUAGAGGCUGAGCCAUUAUAUAUGUGUAUACAUUUUAAACAAAUUGCCUGUAGAAAAUUCAAUGUAUAGUAUUUUGUUUGGAGUAAAAAAUUGAAAAAAAUCGAAAAAAAAAUUUAAAUAGUUAUUGCAUUUUUAGUUUUGUUAUGAGUUAAAAAAAAAUAUUAUCAAUAAAGUGUAAGUGUUAUGCGUAUAAUUAAACUAGGGCAUGGAUUGGAAGAUAAAUUACAAAACCAAAAUCUCGUUCUCAGCACUAAUAGCUGGUACUUUUAAAAAUAAAAUUGUCGUCCUAAAUAGUAGUCUAUAUAAUAUAUUAUAAAAUAUACAUACGUAUUUAUUUGUUCGGCGUUUUCAACAGAUUGUACACAUUUUCAAUAGAUACAUAUUAUAUUAUAUAGCUUAUUAUUAUUGUAUUGGAUAUUAUAAGUUAGACAAUUGUUUGUUUUUUUUUUACAUUUUUUUCUGUAAGUUGUGCCUUAUUGAUUUCGUUUAUAUUUUGUUUCUCGGCUGAAUAUGUAUAAUUUGUAUUACUAUUUUUGUUCUUUUUCUUGUUUUUAAUACUAUAUACGACUAUACGGUAAUUACGAUUAUACGAUAUAAUAAUACGCGCUAUUCGUUUUUAUCUUAUUGUAGACAAAACGCUUUUUCUAGUUGAUUUCACAAAGGCAACCAUAACUUAUCUUUAAGAAUAAAUAAAAAAAAAUCGUAUACUUGUCAUUUGAACUAUAGCUUACCACCUACUAAAAAAAACAUUAUUAUUAUGUUUAUAGUAUAAUGUGUAAAAUGAAAAAAUAAUAAUAAUAAUAUUUUUAAGCAGUUAUUUUUUUUUUAUAUAUAUAUAUUUAGUGCAGACGUAGGAUGAAAAAUGUUGUUGAAUAGAAGGUUUAAAAAUUGUAAUUCUGUACGCUUUUAAUAUCCAUUAAAAUAUAUAUUGUAAAGCUACAAACUUAACCAUAUAUAUAUUAUUAUUAUACAUAGUGAUUUUUUUUUUUUUUUUUAUGAAACAAACCAUUGUAAAACUUCGGGUAUUUAGUUACUAUGUAAUGUUAUAUUAUUGUUCGGCUAUCUCGUGCUGUACGUGCAUAAGACAAAACACGCAAAAAAAUAAAAAUCAUAUUUCAGAGAUUUAAUGGUAAUGUAUGUUCCGAAUAAAAGUCCUGUAUACAAAGACAUUUAAA